CGUCAUAGAGCCCGUUUUAAAGCGUCGGCUCCACUUCCUCCGUUCAGUCAGUGAAGCGCUCAGGCUGAGAGCUGCAGCAGCAAACUUCUCCUGGCUUUAAGGUCGUUUGAUACGUCGAGGACGGAAAAAAAACAAAAAAGUGCACUUCCUCUCAGCGUCCUCCCCCUCCCUGCCUGCCUAUCUGUCCUCUGGAGGAAAAGGGGGUAGGCGGUGGUGUUCUGCAGCAGAGAAAAGGUGCUGCCUCCAAACAGAAAUCUGAAAAUCUGACCUCCUCACCCUAAUUUACAAGGACCUUAUUCUGAAGGGCUUACUGGAAGUUCUUUGGCCACUUGGGGAGAGAUCAGAGGAUCAUCUGCAAACAUGUCGCCAUUCCUGAGGAUUGGCUUCUCCAGCUUUGAGAUCGAUCCUGGUUUGGCCUACUAUAAAGAGGUCAUGAACCCUUACUGCGCUGUGUACAUGAAGGAAGCCAUAGACACAGAGAAGGGCCAAGUCUACAAGCAGAAGAAGCCCACUAUGUACCCGCCGUGGAACACCACCUUCGACGCCCACGUCCACCGCGGGCGCAUCAUGCAUGUGAUGGUGAAGGACCGGACGGUGGAGCUCAAGUUGGAGGUGACGGUGGCCCUGGACUCUCUAGCUACACGCUGCAAGAAGGAGAAUUGUAAGCUGGAGAUCUGGCUGGAGAUGAAGCCAUGGGGUCGCCUGCUGAUGGAGGCCAGAUACUAUCUGGAGAAAAGUGACGCUGCAGGUCAGACUGGUACUGACCCGGAGUCCGAGCAGGGCGGUGACGGCCUGUUCACCCUCCAUCAGCGACGCGGCGCCAUCAAACAGGCCAAAAUCCAUGAAGUCAAGUGUCACGAGUUCAGCGCCACGUUCUUCCCUCAGCCGACCUUCUGCUCCGUCUGCAAAGAGUUUGUCUGGGGUCUCAACAAGCAGGGCUACCAGUGCAGACAGUGCAACGCUGCUAUCCACAAAAAAUGCAUCGACAAAGUCAUCGCCAAAUGCACGGGUUCAGCUGUUAACAGCAAGGAAACAAUGAUCCACAAGGAGCGCUUCAAGAUCGACAUGCCCCACAGGUUCCGGGUCUGCACCUACAUGAGCCCCACCUUCUGCCAGCACUGUGGGACUCUGCUGUGGGGGCUCGCCAAGCAGGGGCUCAAAUGUGCGGAAUGCAGCAUGAACGUCCACCACAAAUGUCAAAAGAAGGUCGCCAACCUCUGUGGGGUCAACCAGAAACUAAUGGCCGAAGCUCUGGCUGUCAUCGAGACUCAACAACAGGCAAGAAGUACAAAAGAGAGUGAGAUCAUUGGUCGAGAAGGUCCGGUCGGUGUGGGCCAGCCAGGGGUGGUCCGAGCGCCGUCUGGGUUAGUAACGGGUUUACCCGCCACGUUGGCACCGGCCAACAAAGAUCCAAUGGGCGUUCUGUGGGAGGGACCGACGGACGUUAGCAGGUCCACCACCAAGGUGGCCUCAGAAGAACCUCUGUACGCCGUUCCGAAGAAGGAUCAUCAACAGAAAUUCAACAUCGAUGACUUCAUCCUGCACAAGAUGCUCGGGAAAGGCAGCUUCGGAAAGGUGUUUCUGGCUGAGCUGAAAAGGAGCGGGAAGUUUUUUGCAGUGAAGGCUCUGAAGAAAGACGUGGUGCUGAUGGACGACGAUGUUGAAUGCACGUUGGUGGAGAGGAGGGUUCUGUCUUUAGCCUGGGAGAACCCGUUCCUCACUCAGCUGUACUGCACCUUUCAGACGAAGGAGAACCUCUUCUUUGUAAUGGAGUAUCUGAACGGAGGAGAUCUCAUGUUCCACAUUCAAAACUGCCACAAGUUCAAUCUCCAUAGAGUCACGUUCUACGCAGCUGAGAUCAUCUGUGGCCUCCAGUUUCUGCACUCUAAGGGAAUUAUUUACAGAGACCUGAAGCUGGACAACCUCCUGCUGGACUCAGAUGGCCAUAUAAAGAUCGCAGACUUUGGGAUGUGCAAGGAGAACAUGCAGGAGGACUCAUGGACCUCCACCUUCUGUGGAACCCCAGACUACAUUGCUCCAGAGAUCCUGCUGGGUCAGAAGUACAACAGCUCCGUGGACUGGUGGUCCUUUGGGGUUCUGGUCUAUGAGAUGCUGAUCGGUCAGUCUCCGUUUCACGGCCGCGACGAGGAGGAGCUCUUUCAGUCCAUCCGAACCGACACUCCCGUUUAUCCCAACUGGCUCACUAAAGCAGCCAGAGACCUUUUAGUCAAGCUGUUCGUCCGGGAACCCGAGGAACGUCUGGGUGUGAAGGGAAGCAUCCGGCACCACAGUUUCUUCAGCAGCAUUGACUGGAACGCCCUGGAGCAGCGGCAGGUGGCGCCGCCCUUCAGACCCACUUUAACGUCUCCGAGCGACUGCAGCAACUUCGACAAAGAGUUCAUCAACGAGAAACCAAGGCUGUCGUGUGCCGACCGGACCCUCAUCAACAGCGUGGACCAGACAAUGUUCAGGAACUUCUCCUUCGUUAACCCUGGGAUGGCUCGCGGUGCGGCGCGCUGAUCCAAACCAGCCAGAACUGACUGAAACUGAAUCAAACUGCAGAGACUUCACACUGUGAAGGCUGAUAGGACUCGACUGACUGGACUUGUGGAAACCAUGAAGGACCCAGUCCGUCCUGCUCUGAUGUUUGCUGUAAAACAAACUACAGACUCAAUGUAUUAAAGCAGGAGAUCCUUCUGAGACCCAGAACUUCAUUUUUCUUCUCAUCAGUCCAAGAUGUUCUCUUUAAGCUCAGUUCUUGGACUCUUGAUGCACAGCAAACUAUUAUUUAUUAAACGUCUAGUUUUCCAGAGCGUGUAGGAACCCUGAUGGUGUCCAUAUCUCCUUUAUUUAUGGAUCUGAUGCAGAAAUGUUUCCAUUGGUUGAGACGUUUAAUCAGCCUUAGUGAUAA